AUGACUAAGCUUCAAGGAGAGGUAAGUAAAAUUCAAGAAAAUAAUUCUUCUGUAGGUGCAAUUGACAAGAGUGUGACGGAGUGUCUCAAGCAGGCAGAGGACUUUAUCGAUAAUAUUGAACAAAAUAGCGCACACGUUAGCGAUUUGUCAGAUGACUUGAAACGUAAUGUUAAUAGUGCUAAAGAUAGUAUUGCGUAUCAGCGUGGUGAAUUAGACAGGAUUCAUAGGUUGCAGGAACAAGAUAGGAAGGCGUUGGAGAAGUCUGUUGAGAGUGCGCUGAGAGCGGCUGGAGCAGCGAUUAAUACAAGAAUAAAGGAGGAUGUUGAGAAGCUUGUUGAGAAAUUAAAAUCUGACGUUCGGAAAAUUAAGGAUAAGCUUGUGGAUAUUAACAAUACUCUAGUGCAAUAUGUCAAAGAUCUGGAGCAGUGGAUGAAAAAGGCGUCGGAAGUUGUAAGCGAUGUGGAAGUGAAGAUGCGUGAGAUUAAAAACCAAAUUAAUAACGACACGGGCACAGCAAUGAAUAAGUACAAUUUGGAAACCGCGGCGCUCCUGUUGAAGGAGCAGGCUGUUGAGCUCCACAAGGCAGGGGAGGAGGCUAAAAAGAACGCUCAAGAUGAACUGAAGAAGGCGUUGAAGGCUGUAAACACAAUGAACAGUCAGCUUAUGAUGGAUUUGUUAGAGGUGAAAAAUGGGAUUAAAGGAGGCAUUAGGGAAUACCUCCAGACGUUUGGACAGGCGUUGCAGGAGGGUAUGACAGUAGCGAAAUAUGAAGCCUGGCAAAGCGAGUCAGGUCCAGGUGUUCAAGCUUUGCAGAGGCAUCUAGAUAGUAAUACGAAGACUUUAGGUACACUUAGAACUACGCUUCAACAGGUGCUUCAGGAGGCCACGUCGAGUAACAAGCAGCUUGGCAAGUAUAUUGAAUGGACGUUACAUGACCUCAAUGAGGUGAAGACAAAAUUAGGUGAAUUGUCAUUAUCAACCAAUCCCGAUCUCCCCGGCGCCAUUUCCACUGACUUAGCGAAUGAAAUAGAGAAGCUGUUGCCGGAUAAAGGUAUGGUUGUUAACUUGCAAAGUAAGCCUACCACUCUGGCGACUUAUCAACGCCAUGUUGACCAAGAUAGUCUGACCGACCUUUCGAACGGUGAACUAAAAGAGACUUCAGGCGAUGGCAACGAACUCCCCAAGGCGAUCAAGAACAUUGAAGCAAAGGUGAAAGAGGCUCUGUCCAAAAUAGGCGACAUCCAGGAUGAAGCCGAAAAACAAUACGAUGCGGUAACUGCCAGCCUCAGCCUUCUAUGCGUUGAGAUCUCCAACAGAUGUGAACACGUGAAAUACAGCAUGGAGCAGUUUAGAGCAGAUAACAUCAAUAAACAACUGGAAGGAAUUAGAGUAAAACUUAGCGAACUGCAAAGUAAAACGCUGGACAGCGCAAUACAAGACAUGUUCAAAUUCCUCAAUGAGGACGCCGGAGAAGCCGGCAAGAAAACAAUCUCCGGCCUUUGGGCAUACGUCGUCGACCGAGUAAAAAUCGCGCAAUCCGCCAUCACCCAGGACCUCCGCGCGAAAUACGUCAAGUUCAUGAAGGCCCAGCUGGAAGCCUUCGCCGAGAAAUGCCAGACGGAGCUCAACGGACUGCCGGCCAAAAUCACCGCGGACGCGGACAGAGGCGCCAAGGGGUUCAUGAAGAAGAUGGAAAGCAUUGUCGGCAGGCUUCACAAGCAUGACGACGUGAGCGUAUUAUCUACCAACGCCAGCGUAGUUAUAACGGUUCUCACGGACCACGUAAAAACUCUUUUAGUUCGUAAGACUGGAAUUCGCAGUCAUGUUAAAUUAAUCUACUUGCUUGUUCACAAGAUGUUCGAGGAACUCGGUAACUCUAAACACUUCGAUCCCACGUUCACCACUAACCUACACAACCUAAAAUCCAAGCUUAAUGACCUAACACCUAAACAGUUCGGCGAAGAGUCCACUGCCCUGUUACAGUCCCUCAAGGACGGAAUGACGGCGCUGACCGAUGUGUUGUCCAAGUGCUACAUAAACGUUUAUGAUGGCGCUGAGCGGAUCGAUAAGUGGACUGAACCUCUGCCUGCCGCUCCUCCCAAAGAGAAGCUGACGCCGGACGGCGAGCGCUGCGCCAAGGCGUGUCUCACCAUAGUUCCCAUCAUACGGGAAACGUUAGGUGAACUUGCAGGGCAUCUUGAAAAAGAUGAUAGUGCAUGGCGAAAGUAUAAAAUGUACACUUCCACAAAACAAGCUCGCAGCUUACAUAAAGAAUUCUUCCGUGAAAACGGUUACGAUGUCACUCUUAGCGACAAUGCCGACAGCGGUGAAUUGAAUCACAAAAAAGGUUUCACUGGUAGUAAUAUUUACACUCAUCUCGUCAAUAAAGCACAUAAUUUGUUUAUUGCUAGUAAGCCGUUUGACGUUUCAUCUGUCCGUCCUGACGAUGCCGAUAACCUACAAAUAGAUGUCGUCGAAGGAGAGAGUAUAAUGGAAUCACUUUACUCAUAUCUGCAUUAUUACUUCGAAGUAUGCCACCACACUCAUUUAGACUCACCCAGAGUUCCAUGUUCCAUCUACGAAAUGCUUUCAUGGUGUUGUGGUUUCCCGUUUAGUCCCGUAUUCGACAAAUUCAAGCAGCACAUUGACACCGAAUUCACGGUGGCAGAUAAGACCGACACAACUAAGAAAUCAAUCCAGCCCAUUGAAGCGUCUCCGUCAAAUGUCAUUAAUGCCGACACAGUGAAAGCCUUGACAGACAUGUGUGAGAAGGCGUAUCCCGUCCUCACUUCCAUACUGGGCAAUGGUCACGCAGGCGGUGUCUACGCCGUUGAGUUCUCCAACAAUUCACUGAGAUUGUACUACCCUAAUUCCAUGGUACAGUUGCUGUGUUUGUUAUAUGAGAUUGCCAAACGGCUGCACCAACAGCUUCAAUUCCUGUAUCAGCAAUGCUACUACAAAAGUGAGCUCGGCGGUUGGAGAGACUGUUGGUACGGCAACCAAAUCGGUGGCUCGUCAUUCCAGUGCAACUCUAUCCAAUGUGGCAACCAAGAGUGCAAGCUAAGUGCCAACCAAACACCUAAGCAACGGGCUGACCAAAAGGCUGACCAACGUUGUGACCAGCAUCCUACUUGUGGUGUGAAAUCACCAUUACAAUCCUUCUUAGAAGACGGCCUUGUAGGCUACUUGCCGCAUAGUGUGUCAUUUAGAGGGACAAAUAUUUCGUGUUCCUCCUGUCCUAGGACGUCGCCUGGCACGCCAUGUAAGACGCCUAUGGGCUUCCCUGAAAUCGCCGUUAACGCGUCCCACAGGAAAACUGGAAAGCAUAUUUACGAUGUGCUUCGUGAUUUCUGCAGCCGAUCGGAUAUGCCGCUUAGCAAGUUAUGUCGGUAUUUGCAGUGUCUCCUCCAUCGCACCCCGCAGUCGCUUGACGACAUGUGGGCAUUCUAUUACAAUUUCUUAACUGAGUGGCAUGGCAAAGGCAGAGGGAGAAGUGACGAAGUAGGCUUGAGACAUAAGAAAGAGGCAUUUGAGAACGCCGUCAACGAAGCAAAUUUCAAACGUGAAUAUGACGACUUGAACGUGUAUUCUGUAUUUGUCAAUGGUCACUCCAGCAGAUCCAAUAGCCACGAUAACGGUGAUCUCUUUAGCCUGGUUUGCAGUGCAGCUUCAAAUAGAAGAUGCGCUCCCUACUUGCUUUCCCUCAACAAUGAUAUCGCUGGCAUAUAUUCAAUGAAGUAUGCUGGUAGAUAUUUAUCAUGGAUUGUUUACCUCACGGAAACAUUCUACCGCUUACUCCACCAGUUGUACGAGGAGUGCAAUAAAACAUGUGGCGGUGAUAAAGCAAAAUGCCGUAUCGCCAAAUGCCCAGUGAACUGCAAUUUUAAUGACAAAUCGACAAUCGCAAAUCACGAAGCUGAUUGCAGUUCCAUUAUACAGUGUAAGAAUGCGUCAUCGGUUUUGUGCAGGUAUGGGUUCACGUUAUCGGAUCGGAAGACGCUGAGUGGUACAGAGCACACGGAACAGAGGAGGACGUGCAAUGAUUUUUGCAGCGUGCUGAAGAAAGUGCUAGAUGAGAAGUCUGUUCUUGUCAAACUCUUCAGCACUAUAGAUGAAUUCAUGAAGGAGAUCAGAUUCCCAUUCAUGUCUUUAUUGUUAGCCCUCUGGUCGCUGUCGCUCCUCUACCUGCUGCACAUCACCGUCGUCCGCCUCGACGUCCUGCGGAUACGCUCCCACCUGAGAUCACCCGCAAGCCACCGCAUCGCCGCACAGUCACUCCUCGCCGCCGCACGCGUCAGGGCACUCGCCAACGUCAAGUACUUCUCACCGUAA